GUCCUCGCAUUAAAUCUGCUUGUAACAUCUUUUAAAGUCUGACGUCGGUUGUUUUUUAUGCUACGAAAUAGGAUUCUGUCAUCAUGCGGUGUCGUUUUUCUCCUGCUUCCACCUCGAGACUAUUUGGUUGUUGUUGAACUAUGGCGUGGUAAGGAUCACCGUCUUAUCCAAAUUUUCUUCUGUGUCCUGAAGUCUUGUAGUUGCUGGAGGUUUUUGUUCAUUUCAAGUAGGAUGAGAUGAAGCUGAUUGGUCUCAUUAGGUAUAUCAAAAAGCGGACUGCUACACAAGUACGAGGGUGAUUAGAUACAACCUUACGUCACUCUGACGGUUGACACGUUCAUUAACAAAAACAUUUUAAGUAGUGAUCGUCAUAUAUCUUAUUUUUUCCAAAGGUGAUUAAGUAUCAGCUACUUAAAGAUGCUGUUAGAGCUGUGCAUAUAAGUUUGACUAAUGACAUCCUGACCAACCUCCGAUCACGUGACUAUGUGUCAGAAAAACCGGAAGUGUUUAGUCUACAGACACUUGAUAAGAAUUUCAUUAUAAUUGUCUUCGCAUUUUCAUUUAGUAUGUCAACAUUUAAUUUGAAAAUCACAUCAGUUGAUGACUGAGAGGAAUUCUAGUGACAACAGAAAUUCACAUACCCACAAAAUGAAAAUUCUUUACAUACAAGAUGGUUGUCAUUAGACACAUAGUAAAUACGACUCAUAUCUGUUGUGAGAUAUGUUUUAUCCAAAGAAAGUUACAACGAGCAAUUUAGAAAUAAUAACUAUCACAGAAUAUGUUCAUGUAUAUGCAGCACUGUUGAUGAAAAUUGCAUGUACACAAAGUAAUGUCUGUUUUGAAAGAAAAUGAAGGUUCAUGACAGUAAAAACGCUUAGCCCGCGACCGGUAGUAACUUUAAGUUUUCCUGAGUGAGAAGGACAAAGAUACCACCACCGGAUAUACGUGAAAGGACCUUGUGUCACUGAAAAUCAUGUCAACAACACUACCCAAGCGUGUGUGCUGAGAAUCACCGGCCAAUGUUGAAGGUAAGUUGCCCUCCUAACAUUAUGUCCUUACUUUUCAAUUCCACUUUCUUUACUCAAUAUUUCAAUGAAAAUCAGUCAACGCUAACAACCUGAGUUUUCCUUCUACAAUCCUAUCUGUAUUGUACAAGUGACGGAGUAAAUAGCAAAGGGGUAUUCAUGUUCAUGUGAGCCGAAGAUUCCUUAGAUAACUUGUAUCAAAGUGAACGUAUUUUAGUAUGUACUUAUGAUUUGAUAGAUGUUUCUCGGAUUUGCAAUACAAAAGUAUCGUCUGCUGUGACACCGGAAAUAACUCUUAAUUCGGCAUACGAAUUUAGUCAUUGACCCCCAUAAUACGUUGUAGUACACAUGAUGAAAUGAGAAAACUAUUACACAUGGAUUUCUUUGUUCGCGGAAAGAUUUUGUGAUAAUGUAUCAUCUCUACAUGUCUUUGUUACAGAAUAUUUAGCAUCAUAUUUAUUUUCGAAAGGAAAUGAUCAGCUUCCUUUCACAAUGCACAAAAUUUUUAGGGAAUAUCCGAUAGAAGCAUUUGUUGUCUUUCCAUGUUUCCCUCGCUUACAACUCUAAUGUCGUCCACUGUGAUUGACUUUUCAGGCACUUACACAACUGUCAUGAACAACACGACGGAGGACACAUGGACGACAGGGAAACCUGAACAACACUCAACAGUUGAGAUGACCACCUCUAAUAGAACAACGCAUCUUGUCAGUGAUAAAAUGCCAGCAUCUAGUCCGGACAACAACGGUGACGGAGGAGGGUGGAAACCGUCACAAUGGCCAACAGCAGCUGUGCUAGGCGGAAUCGCCUUACUUGCCUUGCUAGGUAUUGUAGUGGUACUGGUUUAUCGCAGAAAACGACAGAGUAAAUACCGGAAGAGAACCAAGAAAUCAGAUGAGGAGGUCGGUUUUAUGGACGCCGAGGCAGAAAAUAGAAGGAGUGAUAUCGCCAUGCAAUUACUACAAGUUACAGAUCCAUCUUACUUUGAAAUAGAGGAGGCAGUUCAGAACGCCAAACUCAAGGAACUCCAGGAUCAAGAAGACUUAAACAUCAUGGAAAUUAUCAAUGCAUCAGAUGCUAAAGAAAAUGGAAUCCAAGACGAAAAACGUGUUGUGGACACUGGUCCAAAUAACAGUCAACACAAUCAAAGUAGUGUUGGUCUACAUAAGGAAAAUCAAGACGCUAGAUCUUCAAAUAUCAGUGUUCAAGGUGGACCGUCAAAUGAAAACACAGUCGCUGAAUCGUCAAAUAUUAGCGCCACUGAUAGUCUCUCAAGUGAAAAUUCAGUCGCUAAAUCAUCACUCAUUAGCGCCACUGAAAGUCCAGCAAAUGAAAAGAAAUCUUCUAGAUCAUCAAAGAUAAGUGUUGCUAGCAGCCAUUCUGCAAAGGUAAACAAAGAAAAAAGGUCCAAUUCUAUGCGCAUGUCCUCAAGUGGACGGAAUUCAAAUACCGAAGGAGAUAAACAACGUGAGAGAAUAAAAGUAGUUGACUCUAAGCAGGAUGAAUCCAAACCUGACACUGAGGAAAACAAUUCAACUAUUGAGAACGGCGUGGAACAACGACUCAAACAGCGUCAGUCAGCAAGGUCAAGUGAUGGGGCUCCAAAAGACAAAAGAACAAGUGAAAAAUUUAAUAAUACUAAAUCAUCGCCACAUUCGGAAGGGGACGUUCUUGCAUCAGAGGGCACGCGACCCACCAGUGUCAGAAGCAGUAAACAUUCCUCAGCAGGAUAUGACGAAGCUCUAAAGCAAAUGAAACAUGUUGAUAGUGAUCCAAAUUUGUCUGAAGAACAUAGCAUCAAGUAAAGAAAUGUUAUCAUAUCUAGAACCAUACGAAAAGAUUUGACGUUUUAUUACGAUAAAGUAAACUCAAUCCUAUCAUAACAAACACUAGCUGCAUUAAGUGUAAACAAUCCUUCAGGGGUGUAGAUUGAAUGCAUGGGUGGUAUCUUUUAAGAGUAGAUAGCAAAGAUUUGUAAGGACAUCGUAACUGAUUUCUUACAUUGUAAAGUUCCUAGUUACGCAAGUGAUUGUAUAAAUGAUCUAUCAUGAAAUGAUUUUGUAACUGGACUGAUUACAGCGCAUUUAGUAGUAAAAUAUGAGAAUAACGCA